AUGCAGACGGCUGGACAAUAUCGGGAGCAUAUCCCAACUUCUGCCACAUAUUCCCCCUCUGGCAGUCACCACUACGAUGAUCAGCAGAAUAUGGAUCCCGAGGGCUACUACACGAAUCAACCGUAUUAUCCGUCCCCAAAUCAGAACGAUGCCCUAAGGUCCACCUCACAGCAGGAAGAGAGUUCCAUCCCUGCCUCAUCAUACCACGACCACGUUACAACUUUACCUUAUCACACCCGUCAUCAGUCCGCCGGUCACGGCCAAUAUGAGGGCGGGCCCAUACCGCCUCCUAGAACAUCAUCGCAGCAACAGGGCUCUCCCCACCAUGCCGUAGGUUCGAGCAGACAGGCCAGACAACACAUUCCUGAUUCUCACACCGGUCGAGUUCAUAAUCGCGUCGGAGAUUACAAUGAGGAGGUGCGAGAAAGACCGCGGGAUGAUACAGCUACCGCCGCCGCAUCUGCUGCACGCAACCGAAGAAAAGGUCCUUCCAGUCCUGAUGGUCCACAGCGAGCCACAAGCACAAGAGAACGAAGUCAACACAAUUCACCCGCAGCCAGCCGAUCUGAAGCUACCAUGCUUCCAGCCCCGACACAUGCGCCUCUAGUGCGUGAGUAUAGUGAGGUAAUCAACAGGGUUGUUGUUUCCGAUCCACAAGAAGACGUUGAGAGAGCUCAAGAACGGGUUGCUGAGGCACAGCCCGACCCUGUCGGCACAGGCGGCACAGGCGCCAGCAGUGUCCCUGAGGACAAUGAUGACCUAUUGCCCGCUCCGGGACCAGCCCGUCGGCAAGAUUACUCCAAAUCACGCCGGAAAGAGAUCCAAUUCGGAGAGUACAUGCUUGGGCAGACUCUCGGCGAAGGAGAAUUCGGCAAAGUCAAAUUGGGGUGGAAGAAGGAUGGAAGCACACAGGUGGCUAUCAAGCUCAUCAGGAGAGAAAGCGUCGCGUCGAAUCCUACGCGUCUGCCCAAAAUCUACCGAGAGAUUUCCAUCCUGCGCGAACUGGCCCACCCAAACAUUGUCAGACUUCACGAAAUGGUCGAGACUGAACGACAUAUUGGUAUCAUUUUGGAGUAUGCCUCGGGCGGUGAACUCUUUGACUACAUCCUUAACCAUCGAUACUUGAAGGACCCAGCGGCACGGAGACUGUUUGCCCAACUCAUUUCCGGCGUCGGUUAUCUACACAAGAAAGGUAUCGUCCACCGAGACCUGAAGUUGGAAAACCUGCUUCUGGAUCAGAACCGUAAUAUCAUCAUCACGGAUUUCGGUUUUGCCAACACCUUUGACCCUGGCGAUGAACUCUCCGAUGAGAUCGUCUACAACCUAAGCAACAAAGAGUUUGUUAGAAAGUUCAAGCUCGACCGUCUGGAUGCCCGAGGGAUGAGAAGAGGAGAUUUGAUGCAGACUAGCUGCGGCAGUCCCUGCUAUGCCGCACCCGAGUUGGUGGUCAGUGAUUCUUUGUACACAGGCAAGAAGGUCGACGUGUGGAGCUGUGGUGUCAUUUUGUAUGCCAUGUUGGCCGGAUACCUGCCGUUUGACGACGACCCUUCCAAUCCCGAGGGUGACAACAUCAACCUGCUCUACAAAUACAUCACGACGACCCCCUUGACGUUCCCAGAAUAUGUCACACCACAUGCCCGGGAUCUGUUACGGCGCAUAUUGGUGCCGGAUCCACGAAAACGCGCCGAUCUUUUCGAGGUGGCCCGUCACAGCUGGCUGAGUGAGUAUCAUCAUGUGGUAUCUCAUAUCACAAGUAGUACCACCAACGUGGCGGAUAUUGCGCAUGCCACCGUCCCAUCUGAAGAUGAACCUCCGCCAAUGCAUAGAAGUGCCUCUGUACGAGAAGGACCGUCGCGGCCCACAGCGACCUCUCCAGGCGCCCUUGGCCGAGCCCAAGAAGGCCUUCUACCGGAGGUUGAAGAGGGUUCGACAGGUUCGCGACGCGAUAAAACCGCUCGUCAUACCCUUCAGCCAGAAUAUGUUCCACCAACAACACAUACAACUCGGGUUCAGCCUUCUGCCACCGCAGCUGCAUCGAGAAGCCGCACUCGAAUCGACGAGGACAAGUCAGCUCCAACGGCCACCCAGUCUUCGUCCAGAACGAAACCUCUACCGCAAGAUCCUCCGGUCGAGGCUAUGCAGAGAAGACCUCAGACAACCGAACGAAUGCCACCACCAGUUCGACCGGCUCGAGACAUUCCGAGAUCGGUGUCUGAUUCCACCACUGCACUUGGCUCCGCGCCGAAUGUUGGACAGGGAGGACAGUACACGACCCGACCAAGCACACAAGGCUCCAUAACUUCGACAGGGGCACCUGCGAAUACCAGAUCUGACGUACGACUGCCAUCGCGUGGCUCAUAUGGUCAACCAGUUGCGCCAACCGUUGCUACGACCAAUGCGCAGGGCCGUGUCACACAACCAACCAAGCCUUCUCGAGGCUAUAAUAUUUCAGGGCCACUGCCCCAAUCCGGUGCUCAGAACUCGAUCGGACAGCCAAUGACGACACCCAUGCCGCCACCAAGUGAACAACAACAGCCGCAGAAGACGGCACACCAUAGACGAUCAAGUACAUUGAGUGGGCUUGGAGAACGUCUCUUUGGCCGAUCCAACUCCGUGGUAAAGAAAGAUGCUGAGCGACAGAAAAAUGGACGAAAAUAUCCUCCGACCAGUAUGAAAGACUAUCCGGCCGAGGCGCAACCUCGUAUGUCAACGGAUUCCAAACGAUCAUUCUCGUUUGGCUUGGGCAAGAAGAGAAGCACGGAUCUGGAGAAUCCAGGGCAGACAGGAAAGGAGGUACGACGAUUUUCACUUCUUAAUUCAAUGUCGUUGAAAGGUCUGUUGGGAGGCUCCAAGGAGGAGAAUUCAUCCAAACCUGGAACUCCCCAGACGGAACGAUAUGCCUCGUCCAGCUCCAGUCGUCCAACCACUGGUCAGGCCUAUCCAAGUGGGCAAAUGUCUAACAAUGAUGGGCAGUUUGACGGAUCGCGUCCGAAUAGUCACAACAGCUUCUCACGACCACCGCAGUCACAAUACCAGCCGCAGCGAGCGGUGACAACACAGGCUACCAACGAUGUCUAUGGUGGAACAGGUGUGUAUUCUCCGCAAGAUCAAAGCCGCGUGCCACAUCAGCGUCAACAAAGUGAGCCAAUGGCACAUAUCAUGUCCCAAUAUCCCGAGGCUAGCGACAGUCGACCUUCGAUGCAGCAAGGACGAGAAAAAAGGGGAGUGCUGGUCAAGAACAAUCGCAAAUUUAACGAUGCGUACGGCUAUGAUCAGGGGCCAAGCCACCAUGGCGGUCGGUCAGGAGCGGUGAAGAAAGUCCAGGAUUUCUUUCGUCGGCGACGGACCCCAACAGACGGGUAA